UCUUAUUUUAAGUGAGGCACAGAAGGGCACCUUAUGUUUUGCGACGUCUGUGGGUCCUUUGGUUCCGCGAGGGGUGUGUUUACACUGACGUCACUUCAGUUUGCUAAGGGGAUAAAGUUGUGAAACGGCAGCAGUCACCAUGUUUCACGGAAUACCUGUCGCAGGAGGUAUGGGAGGAGCUCCUGUCAAUAAACCUGAAUUGUAUGAGGAAGUAAAAUUGUACAAGAAUGCCAGAGAGAGAGAGAAGUUUGACAACAUGGCAGAGCUGUUUGCUGUGGUGAAGACCCUUCAGGCCCUGGAGAAAGCUUACAUCAAAGACUGUGUGACUCCUAAUGAGUACACGGCUGCUUGCUCCAGGCUACUGGUGCAGUACAAGGCUGCUUUCAAACAGGUCCAGGGAUCUGACGUGGGUUCUAUCGACGACUUCUGUAGGAAGUACAGACUUGACUGCCCGCUAGCUAUGGAGAGAAUCAAGGAGGAUCGACCAAUCACCAUCAAGGAUGACAAGGGCAACCUGAAUCGCUGCAUUGCUGAUAUCGUAUCGCUCUUUAUCACGGUGAUGGACAAGCUACGUCUGGAAAUCCGGGCGAUGGAUGAGAUCCAACCAGACCUGAGAGAGCUGAUGGAGACCAUGAACAGAAUGAGCAACAUGCCCCCAGACAAUGAGGCCAAGGACAAAGUCACCCUCUGGUUGACCACUCUCAGCAGCAUGUCAGCCUCUGAUGAGCUGGAUGACUCCCAGGUUCGCCAGAUGCUGUUUGACCUGGAGUCAGCCUACAACGCCUUCAAUCGCUUCUUACACUCCUCCUAAUCUACCCAUCAUCCAGGACUGUUCUCACCUUUCUUCUAUCAUUGUACUAUCCCUUCCUCUCUCGCUACGCGUCUCAGAGGUCGUCUCCUCUGUUUGGUCUGUACUAUUCAAUGGAAUAAUAUCUUUCUUCCUCCAUCUCUGGUACAGUACUUGUCUGUCUUAUCCUUUGAACUCUGACCUAGACUCAUGGCUGCGUCCAGCGCUGUGGCCCAGUGGGGUCCUCCUGUUCAGUGAGAUGCCUAGUUGAGUUGUAGUUCUCUAGCUUGAGUGACGGGGCACUGUGUUAAGACUACUCAUAUCAAAUCAAAUUUGAUUUGCCACACGCGCUGAAUACACCAGGUGUAGACCUUACCGUAAAAAUGUUUACUUACAAGCCCUUAACCAACAAUGCAGUUUUAAGAAAAUAUUUACUAAAUAAACUAAAGUAAAAUAAAAAAGUAAAAUAAUGACACUAUAUUACAGGGGGUACCGACACCGAGUCAAUGUGGUAUCAGCCUGUGUUCUAGCAUCUACAGUACAUAGGACUGUGUUUACGUCUGGUGUUGUCAUACCAACACAAGGCCCGGUGUGAGUCUGUACCCUUUAAAAAUCACUUUAUAUGAAGACAAGAUAUUUGAAAUACAACAUGUAAAAAAGUGACCUGGGGUGUGUUUAAGAAGUUCGGUCAGCCAAAACUUUGAUAAAGGGAUGGAAAUAACAUUUUGAGAUGAAAAUGAACUGCUAAAUUUGAAAUACAGUGUUGCUGUUCCUCAUCUGCACUCUGAGGCACUCCAAUAACUUGUGUACAGGUUAUUACUGGCAAUGGAUGUUCAGUUAUCUCAAGUUGAAACAGUUGAUUGACAGGUGGGCCUGAAAAUAGUUAAGGCCAACCUGUAAUGCACCCUUAUUGAUGAUCAUGUUGAAACACUAGUGAAUGAAAUGUGUUUAUCUAUGAUUUUGUUUCUCAUUUGAGUACAUUUGAUAUUAUAGUACUAUACUUCAGUUAACAUUCUUAAUUCAGCUUUUCUUUAGAUGUGAGGGUUUGGCCACAUUAGGUGGGCAAUGGAGAUGUGUGGAUUCAUAGAAUGUCCUCCUUUUGGGAUGCUGACUAAAUGGUGUUUCAGCCCUCAAUGAAAAUUAGGCAGAGCAUAUUUAUUAAGAAUUACCAUUGUAAAUAAUGCCGUUUUGAAUUUAAAAAAAAGCAUGUAACACUUUUUAGAAAUAAUAUUUAAAAACAUCUACCUCCAA